AUGGUCAUUCCCAACAUCAGCAACUAUACUGGAUUUUUCCUGCUGGGUUUCUCAAAGCAGCCUCUGCUGGAGAUGAUGCUCUUUGUCAUCACUAUGGUUUUAUACUUGCUCACUAUUUUUGGCAAUAUGGCCAUAAUUAUUUUAGCUUGUCUGGAUCCCCGGCUCCAUACCCCAAUGUACUUCUUCCUCAGUCACCUGUCUUUAAUGGACCUUUGCUAUACCACCAGCACAGUCCCUCAGCUGCUGUUUAACUUUCAGGGACAGGAGAAGACAAUAACUUAUGGUGGAUGUGUUGGUCAACUCUAUGUGUCCUUAGCAAUGGGUUCCACAGAAUGCAUUCUUCUGGCAGUCAUGGCCAUUGACCGUUAUGUUGCUGUCUGCUGGCCUUUGCGUUACACCACUCUCGUGCAUCCACGCAUUUGUUUGCAGCUGGUGGCAAUCACAUGGAUGACUGGCUUGGCCAACUCCUUGAUUCAGACUGUGCUUGUCACACAGGUCCCCCUUUGUGGAAGAAAUGUUAUAGACCAUCUCUUCUGUGAAGUGCCAGUUCUCCUUAAGCUUGCCUGUGUGGAUGUCACAUUUAAUCGGAUGGAACUCUUCCUGGUCAGUGCAUUUUUACUCCUGGUGCCCCUCACUCUUAUUCUUAUUUCCUACAGCUGCAUUGUUCAGGUUGUGUGGAAGAUAAGGUCAUCAGAAGGGCAGCGGAAAGCUCUGGGGACUUGCACUUCCCACUUGGUGGUGGUAUUUCUCUUCUAUGGCACAGCUAUGGCCACCUAUCUGCAACCAUCUUCAGCCAACUCCACAGACCAGGACAAGUUCAUGGCCUUACUAUAUGGAAUUGUCACUCCAACUUUAAAUCCUUUCAUAUACACAUUACGCAAUAAAGAUAUCAAAGGAGCACUGAGAAAGAUCAUAGGAAAAGAGUAA